AGUAUGAUAUCCCUUCUUGCCUGCAAAAGUGUAUAAGAAGAGGAGGAAGGAAGAACACAACGACCGGUGGUGGAGCCAAGAGGGAGGAUAGAGGGGUCCACGAUCCAGAGUGAGCGAGUGAGCACGAAAGCCGAGGCAGCUAAAACCGCUUAAAAAUAAAAAAACAAACAUAAAAUAGCUGCAACUUUUACUGGAUUUUCCCGGGAAAAUUAACAGCCUCCGCCACAGUUUCUCAGAUCGUGUUACCGGAAUCAUGAACGACUCAUCCGGUCACCUGAAUCUUCCUCCCGCCGCCGCGUCGGGAAACGUGGCGGCGUCUCUCCGACACGUAGACCGCAUGAUCAACUCCAACCAUUACACCUCACCUUCUAGAACAAUCUACUCCGACCGGUUCAUUCCUAGCAGAUCUGCCUCCAAAUUUGCUCUCUUCGACAUUUCCGCGCCUCCUGAGGGCCGUGACGACACCUCCAGCGCCUACACCACGCUCUUGCGCACCGCCUUGUUCGGAGCCGACGUCGCCGGCGUCGCGCCGCCCCUCACGCCGGAGAAAACGCCUUUGCCGGCAAUGAUGCUUCCUAGCUGGAAUAUUUUCCGGUACAAGACCGAGACUCGCCAGUCCAUGGACUCGCUUUCGCCGUUUAUGAGCGACGAUGUGGUUCUUGGCGUUAAUCACAGCCCGGUCAAGGCUCCGAGGAAGGUUCCAAGGUCGCCUUUUAAGGUUCUGGAUGCACCUGCGCUGCAAGAUGAUUUCUAUCUGAAUCUGGUGGAUUGGUCUUCGAAUAAUGUGUUGGCUGUUGGUCUUGGUAACUGUGUUUAUCUCUGGAAUGCUUGUAGCAGCAAGGUUACUAAAUUAUGUGACUUGGGGAUUGAUGACUGCGUUUGUUCAGUUGGUUGGGCUCAGCGUGGUACACACCUUGCUGUUGGAACUAGCAAUGGUAAAGUUCAGAUUUGGGAUGCAUCUCGAUGCAAGAAGAUAAGAUCAAUGGAGGGUCAUCGUUUACGUGUUGGGGCCUUGGCCUGGAGUUCAUCUCUUUUGUCUUCUGGUGGCAGGGAUAAGAAUAUUUAUCAACGAGAUAUACGUGCGCAAGAAGAUUUUGUUAGUAAACUAUCAGGGCACAAAUCAGAGGUUUGUGGACUGAAGUGGUCAUAUGAUAAUCGUGAGUUGGCAUCUGGAGGAAAUGACAACAGAUUGUUUGUUUGGAAUCAACAUUCAACUCAGCCUCUUCUGAAGUACUAUGAGCAUACAGCAGCUGUUAAAGCUAUUGCAUGGUCUCCUCAUCUUCAUGGACUUCUUGCAUCUGGGGGAGGAACUGCAGAUCGAUGUAUACGUUUCUGGAAUACAACCACAAACUCACACUUAAGCUGUAUAGACACUGGAAGUCAGGUUUGCAAUCUUGUAUGGUCAAAAAAUGUCAAUGAAGUGGUAAGCACACAUGGCUACUCCCAGAAUCAGAUAAUUGUUUGGAGAUACCCCACCAUGUCAAAGUUGGCCACUCUUACUGGCCAUACAUAUAGAGUUCUUUAUCUUGCCAUUUCUCCAGAUGGUCAGACUAUUGUUACUGGAGCUGGAGACGAAACCCUAAGGUUCUGGAAUGUAUUCCCUUCCCCUAAAUCACAGAAUACUGACAGUGAAAUUGGAGCAUCAUCGCUUGGAAGAACUAUUAUUAGGUGAUUGCUCCUGGUCUUUUGAUUCAAUCAUAUUGCCUAUUUCAAAGUUUGCGUGGCUGUGCAGAAAGAAAUUUCAGAACACAGAACACCACGGUGGGAAAACUUAGCAUGUGAAAAUUACCAUCACAACGGCACGCUUUACCAGUUAGAGAGCAUUGCAGAAAACUAUAGAAGUUAUAAUAUGGCUGCCAAUGAUACAUGUUCAUGCGAUUCAUUUCGAGUCUCAUUUCAUUUUGAAGAAAGGGUCAUGUUAUUAUCCCUCUUAGAUUUAUAUGUGUUAAUGUUGUAGCCAAGUUUUUUUCCCCUCUCCCUCUCCCUCUCCUUUUUGGUUCUUUUCAAUAGCGCUCUCCUGCGUCAUAUAUUUAAAGAUGGGUCCUCAGAAAAAAAAAAAAACAUCCUUAGCUAGCUUGUAACAGCCGUUGUAUAUAAUUAUUCUUUUCUUAGGAGGGUUGAUGCGUUCUUCCCAUUUUACCAUGUCUUUAUUAGUUCUGAUUAUUUCAUGAAGUUUUUCUUGAACAGGUGUCGAUUCUAUCCUCUAAACUUAUGGUCUACUACUCAUGCAAGAGUAUGUACAAAUUGAACCACAAGUAUUAAU